AUUCUUUAACAUAUAAACCUCUGGAGGAACCGCUCACUUCUUGGGGCUGCACGUUCUCACAGGCUGUGUGUGUGUGUUCACCCGCAAAAACUUUGGAGCAUCGUUCAACUUCGGAGUAUUGAAAAAAUGAAAAACUUCCAUUUAGUGGCAUUGCUUUUUACCGUGUUCUAUGCAGUUUCCUCGUCUGUACUGCAGAGACGGAUGGAGUUUGCUGAGGCAAUGACUUACCUGAGGCGGUUUGGCUACCUCGACACUCCACUGGACGAGGAGUCACAGGUAGACAUUACCGAGGAGGCUAUAAAAGAAGCUCUGAGUCUUUUUCAGAGAGUGUCAGGAUUGCUAGUGACUGGAAAGGUUGACGAAGCGACAGUGUUGAAAAUGAGGCAGCCACGCUGUGGGGUUGAGGAUCCUUUCAAUCACAAAUCCAAUAAAUACAGGCGAUUUGGUGGAAUUUGGAGGAAAAGGAGUCUGACAUAUCGUAUCUAUAACUACACGCCUGAUUUGGGGAAGGCUGCGACCCAGAGGGCCAUUAGAUUGGCAUUUAAGUACUGGAGUGACGUCACUCCAUUAAGCUUUAAGGAGAUCGAAUAUGGGCGUGCAGAUAUUAGGAUCUCGUUCCACGCCAGGAAUGGCUGCCUAUCACCUUUCGAUGGACCAGGAAAUGUACUCGCUCAUGCCGAAGCCCCUCCAUCAGGGAUCAUACAUUUUGACGAGGACGAGUUCUGGACUGAAGGAAAAUACUACGGCUCUAACCUGCGAAUCGUGGCAGCUCAUGAGAUCGGCCAUGCGCUGGGUUUGGGUCACUCUCAAUACAGAGAUGCGCUCAUGGCUUCAUUCUACUCUGGCUAUAAGGUCAACUUCAGACUGCACCCUGAUGACAUCAGGGGCAUCCAGGCAUUAUAUGGUAAAAGAAUCUCCAGUACCACCACGGACAAGGACAUUCUUACCUUGGGUCCAACAACCGUUUCACCUUUCCCACAAGUUGAUGUUCCAGAUCCAUGUGAUGCAAAACUUGAUGCCAUAAUGCUAGGUCCUUGGCGGAAGACCUUUGCUUUUAGUGGGGAUUACAUGUGGACGAUCACAGAUAUGGGGCAUAAUGCUCCAAUAAAGAUCAAGCAGCUGUGGAAAGGCCUGCCAGGGAACCUGAACGCUGCUGUGUACUCACCGAGAACCAACAAGACUUACUUCUUCAAAGGCGACAAAGUUUGGUGCUACAUGAACUUCCAGCUCCUCGCCGGCUACCCCAAACAGUUGACCAGAAUCCCAGCUAACAUUGAUGCUGCCAUGUACUUGGAGAGGAACAAAAAGAUUUUCUUCUUCAAGGGCUCAGGAUUUUGGCAGUGGGAUGAAAUGGUGUACAACGACCUGAGCAUUUACCCCAAACCCAUUUCCCGCCUCUUUACUGGCAUUCCAUCGAACGUGGACGCAGCCUUUACAUGGACCAACGGCAAGGUGUACUUCUUUAAAGGCGAUAAAUACUGGCGCAUGAACGAGAAGCUGAUGGUGGAUUCGGGUUACCCGCUCAGCACACGAGAGCGGUGGAUGAGAUGCACCCACUGAGAGUGUGGAGAGUUUAACGAGGCGCUAAAGAGGACUUUUUAAAGUGCAGAGGAGUCAGGGAUGUGAGCCCUGUUGAAACAUGUCGCGUGAUGUGUAGCCACGCUGUCGUGAUUUUAUUUCAGUACGCUCACAGAGGAACAAUGUGUCCCCACUUGUGUGUACGUGCUCUUUCGUUCACUCUCUUGCAGGCUGUCGAGUAGACUAGAGAGUAGACAUGCGCCGAUAUGAAAGUCUGCCUAAGUAUUACAGUUCACAAUAUCGUGUUUGACAAGUUACUGUUAUUUUAUUUUUCAGAUUCUAGGGCAAAUCAUCUAACGUGUACAGUUUUUGCAUUGACAAGCUGCUUGAGAAUUUAACAUAGUUUGUCCAUGUCAGUCAUUUCAGUGGGAAACAUGCCCCCCCACCACUCUUGACGGCCUUCUCCGUAAUCAAAUGUAAAUAUAGUGAGCACGUUUUGAACCGUCAGUGCUAGCAAUGUUGUCCAAGUCCAUUACUGUGUUGAAGAUUACAGUUUAUUGUCACAGGUCUACUGGAGAGUCGUGGUAAAUGUAGCAGAUCAUCCGGGAAGACAGGAGUGACUAAUUUGUCUAUGUAUCUCAUAAACGGUCUCUAUAAUGUUAAUGAGCAACUUUCUUUCCCCAUUUAUUCUUGCAGUAAGGUAGUGUAUAAAGAGCUGGUUCUGUCAAUCAUGCUCUGAUCUUAGGCGUUUAUUCAGCUUUCUUCUCUCCUCAUAAAAAACUAUAUAUGUAAAAAGUCGCUCUUUAUUACCGCAAAAGAAUGUUAACAUCUAUAAUACAUGGGGCUGGUGUUUGUUCUGGUGCUUAGGGGGAGCGGGAGGUGUGUACAUCCUCUACUCGUGUUCCUGCUUAUAUUUUUUAUUUUUAAGAAUGGAAUCAUUAAUGAACAUUUCGGUUGUAGGGGUUUAUUCGCUCAGUUUGAAGUCUCUCUGUUGCUAAUUGCAGGGACUGUACUGUACGGUCACGGCACUGAGACAGAGAACAUGUACAAGUACGCUUUACAAGCGUCAGGAGGUCACGUGGAAACACACAUCUGCAUCCAACACGGACAUCCGUCUAUACGUAGUACACACGUGAUUUUGACGAUUUUUUUAUUUGCAGAACUACUUGAAUUGGUGAAAUUGCAAUCGCACGGAAGUGCGUCUUUCCCAGUGAUGUUUGUUGGUAAACGAGACCUUUCGGCUGCACUCAUAUUCGCCACACGUGAAUAUGAAGAGGGCUUUGACCGUGGUGUAAUUUAGAAAAAUUGCAAGCUGCUGCAAAUAUCGCGGCGUUCCCUUGAUUUUGCGUCAAUUUCUGCAAUCACAGAAUCCUGCACGGUCUGAUUAAGGACUUUGAUUAGCAUCAGAGUAGGCGCUACUGAGGCCACUACCCCUGCUGUGCAUACUCUCUCAGGUAUAAGAUGCGUCAGUAAAAAAGCUGUUUUUUUUUUUUUUUGCUUGUUUCUAUGUAUUCUGCAGAUUUUUUAAAAAAAAUUUUAAAAAAAAAGAAGGCAGAUGAGUCUAAACGAAUCUGUGACCUGUAAUUUCGUACACAAAUGCACGAGAUCCGCACGUAUCUGUAGAUCUGUCGCAUAUCCAAAAUUGUGUACAAGUGUAAGAAAUUGUUGGUGGUAAGUUCUCUUCAUUUCGUUGUCUAUGAAGCUUCGUUUGUUUUUCUAUCUUUUUUUUUCCUUUUAGGAAUUUAGUAAUGAGUAAUUCUGCCCUGUACUAAAUCAUUUCAGCUUGAUUUGAUAUCAGAAGUUCAUAUAUGUUCA